GCGGAAGUAACGGCGUUGAACUGCAAUACGCUCGUCAUUUGCCUGCCGCCGCCGACGGGAAAGGGGCUCGGCUCUCGUCCUCCUCCUCCGCUUCCAUGGCGACACCGAGGCCCCGAAUCCGCGCCAUCCCCCUCCGCCCGCUGUUCCUCCUCCUCCUCGUCCCGCUCAUUUACUCCGUGUCCAGGCUGCACCUGUGGGCACCGGAGAGGGGCCUGUGCCUGCCUCCUCCCGCCGCGCCGAAGCGUCCUGAUCGACUCGUCCUCGGCCCCGCCGCCGGACAGGGCCGCCCUGACCGCCUCCAGUGCCUAGGACUUAAAGCUCUGAAUAAGAUUGGCAUAUCGAGUGCAGGAAAUUAUUCUAGAGAACAUAUUUCUUUUGUUACGGUAUUCACAACUUACAGUUCUGAACCAGCUGGAGAUGGCAAAGUGUCAUCUGACGCUGUAACAGUCGGAAACCAUUCUUAUGGCAAGAUUGAAAGGUCCAUGGCCAUUCUCUACACUUUCAUCAGUUUCAUACAGGUGUCAAUGCCAAGAAGCAAUGUGAUCAUAUUGACUGAUCCUAAUUCAAAACUCUCAAUAACUCAAGGGAGUGCUACACUAUUGCCUAUUGAUGGAAAUUAUUCUAGAGGAAAUUUGAUGCUUCAAAGAAUCAAGUCCUACAUUGCAUUUCUGGAGCAAAAGCUUGUGGAGGUUGAGAGGGUGGAGGAUUUCAAUCAUUUUGUUUUAACUGAUUCCGAUAUAGCAGUGGUUGACGAUCUUGGACAUAUAUUCAAGAAAUAUCCCCAUUGUCACCUGGCUCUUACUUUUCGUAAUAACAAAGGUCAACCUUUAAAUUCUGGGUUCAUAGCGAUAAGAGGGACCAGGGAUGGCAUCUCUAAAGCUGUGGAAUUCUUUAAACAAGUCCUUGAAGCUUACAGCUUGAAAUAUAUGAAGGCUUCACACAUGCUUGGCGAUCAAUUAGCCCUGGCAUGGGUUGUGAAGUCUCAUCUACCAUCGGCUUUUGGCAAAUUUUCUAAGCAUGAGGCGUUUACAGGUGAAGUCAAUGGAGCGUCGGUUGUCUUUUUGCCUUGUGCUAUUUAUAACUGGACUCCACCUGAAGGCGCUGGACAGUUUCAUGGUAUGCCCUUGGAUGUGAAGGUUGUGCAUUUCAAAGGUUCUAGGAAGCGUUUGAUGCUUGAGGCAUGGAAUUUCUAUAACUCAACCUCUAUGCUAUCUGAUACGCUUUGCCUAAUCUUGAAGAGUGGACGGACAAAAUAUGACUUCUAAGCUUCUGCCCACAUGAACAUAUGUUGAUCCUGCUCAAAGGUGUUGUAUGUUUCUCGAUGGACAUGUGCAGCCCUCACUGAACCGUAUACAAAUUCAUUUUGCGUGAGGCUUCAACUUUGAGUUUUUGACCCAUCGCAAGAACUCGAGUCGGUGUAUAAUGAAAGAUAAUAUGCUCAGCUAAUUAAUUGCAGGGGAUGUGAGAUUGGUGUGGAACAGUGGAUAUCUUCUUAGGACCCAUACAUGCAGCCUAAUACGCUAUAGCAGGGUGACCAUGCAGGAAUUCACCUUUUGUUCCUUGGUGUAUUCCUUUCUGUAGAAGCUGUAUCAUGGUUCCCAUCACUGUACACUAUACUUUGGUGGUAGGGGCAAUGAUGUUAUUAAUAUUUUUCGACACCAGAUGUCAGCAAAUUUGGUGCUAUCUCCAUCUCUAUGGGAUUAUUUGUAGGAAAGAAAUCGUUUCAAGAUGCU